AGUAUCUUCCCAAAACGACGUCGGAAGAUGGACAUCUCCGUACGUCAGUCUAAGUAGGACGACCUCCCAACGAUUAACCGAAACAUUCACAUACUAGAAUCGUUUUGAAGGUGGUGGUUGUUGUUGUUACUAUGGAAAAAGAAACCACCGACAAACAGUGGCCGCCGCCGCCGAUCAUCCUUCCUCGUUAACGGUCCAACUCCGACCCGGAUCUAACCAAAUCAACGGUCAGAGACUGUGGGGCCCUCCAGAUGAAAAAGUUUUCUGAUUCUGAUACGCAAUUACAUAUACCUAACUAGUAGCAGCCCACAACGACUUUCAUGGGGAUUGGCGCCACUCUCAAUCCCCUGUGGCAUUCAAGUGCUUUCUUGCGAUUCGCUGUCGGAGGGAGGGAGAGAGGAGAGAGAGAGAGACGCUGGCUGUGACAUAUAUAAUUGAGGUGGAGGAGGAGGAAGAGGAAGAGAGGACACCGCUCUUGAGAAGAGAAGAGCAAGAGGUCGUAUCAAUGGAUACCUACGACGAUGAUUCUCGCCCUCGCAAACCCGUCUCUGAUCAAAAGUCAGGCCCUGAAAUUCCCGACACCGCUCACCUCAUCAGCCGUGAUUCUUGGUUUCAAGUCGGUUUUGUCCUCACAACCGGCAUCAACAGUUCCUAUGUACUGGGAUAUUCUGGGACAAUCAUGGUUCCCCUUGGAUGGAUAGCGGGCGUUGUUGGUUUAAUUGUUGCGACAGUGGUGUCUCUGUAUGCAAAUUCUCUGAUCGCUAAGCUCCACGAAUUUGGGGGCAAAAGACAUAUCAGAUAUAGAGACCUUGCAGGAUUCAUAUAUGGUAGCAAAGCUUAUUCGCUUACAUGGGCUUUGCAAUAUGUGAAUCUUUUUAUGAUUAACACCGGAUAUAUCAUUUUGGCUGGUCAGGCACUAAAGGCAGUCUAUGUGCUUUUUAAGGACGAUAAUACCAUGAAGCUCCCAUACUUUAUUGCAAUAUCGGGGGUUGUGUGCGCCAUGUUUGCCAUUGGGAUACCCCAUUUGUCAGCUCUGAGGAUUUGGCUCGGAUUUUCAACAUUUUUCAGUUUAGUGUAUAUUGUCAUAGCAAUUGUGCUGUCAGUUCAAGAUGGAAUCAAAGCUCCAGCAAGGGAUUAUAGUAUCCCGGGAACACCAACAAGCAAGAUCUUCACAACAAUUGGUGCAGCUGCAAAUCUUGUUUUUGCAUUCAAUACAGGAAUGCUUCCAGAGAUACAGGCAACUGUGAGACAGCCUGCCAUUAAGAACAUGAUGAAAGCUCUCUACUUUCAGUUCACCGUAGGAGUUUUGCCAAUGUAUAUUGUUACUUUCGUGGGUUACUGGGCUUAUGGAUCGAGCACAUCGACUUAUUUGCUCAACAGUGUUAAUGGUCCAGUUUGGGUGAAGGUGUUGGCCAACAUUUCUUCCUUCUUGCAAACUGUCAUUGCUCUCCAUAUAUUUGCAAGCCCGAUGUACGAGUACUUGGAUACAAGAUACGGAAUCAAAGGAAGCCCCCUCGCUAUUCGCAACUUGUCGUUCAGAAUCACGGUGAGAGGUGGUUACUUAGCCAUAAACACGUUUGUGGCGGCUCUUUUGCCAUUCCUUGGAGACUUCAUGAGCCUCACCGGGGCUGUGAGCACAUUCCCACUUACGUUCAUCCUUGCAAACCACAUGUACAUGGUGGCUAAGGAUAAUAAGCUCACCGCGGUGCAGAAAUCGUGGCACUGGCUCAACGUCUGUUUCUUCGGUUGCAUGUCGCUUGCUGCAUCUGUUGCAGCCUUGAGGCUUAUUGCAGUUGAUUCUAAAACUUACCAUUUGUUUGCUGAUUUAUGAGCCAACAAUGUUUUUGUACUUGUUGGCAUGUAGUCCCCAUUAUUGUAUUUUGAUUGACAACAUUUUAAGCUUUUGUUUUAGCUCAAGAAUUGAAGGUUUUUAGCAUCAUAUAACGUCCUCUUCACUCA